UAGCGAGGUUCUAUUGACCCCUCUCUCUGCCGCCCAAAAUUCUGGUUUUCCCCUCGAGAAUUUUUUCGUAUCCGAAGACGAAGAACAGCGACAGUACCAAUUCAAGAAGAAGAAGAAGAAGAAGGAAGAUUUUGAAGGGAUAGAGUUUGCCAGAGAAAGAGGAGAGCAAAGAUGAAGACGACCAAAGGGGGUAAGGUGAUGAACCCUACGGAUGCUUAUCGAAAGGAGCUUCGUAAGAAGGAAUUGAAACGGAAUAAGAAAGAAAGAAAAAAGGUACGAGAGGUGGGAAUUUUGAAGAAAGAUCCUGAUGCAAUCAAGGAGCAAAUUCAAAAGUUGGAAAUGAUGAAGGCUGAUGGUGCCCUCGAUAAAGCUAGAAAGCACAAGAAAAGGCAGUUAGAAGAUACUCUUAAUCUUGUAUUAAAGAAGAGGAAGGAAUAUGAAGAUAAAAUGAAGGAAAAGGGUGAAGUCCCAGUUAUGUUCAGUCAUUUGGGACCUCCAAAAAGACGAACGACUGAAGAGGAAGAAGAGAGAGCGAAACAUCCAAAUCCUGAAGACUCUGUUUACCACCAUCCCACACUAAAUCCCACUGGAGCUCCACCACCUGGGAAGCCUCCAAUGUUUAAAUCAUCAAUUGGACCAAGAGUUCCUCUAUCUGAUGCUUCUACUAGUGGUGUUGCAUCAUCCUCGAAUAUGGAGCCAGAGGAUGUUCCCUUGGCUGUACCUCCACCUCCCCCACCCCCUCCUUUGCCAGACUCUGUUAAGUUGGGUUCUGCUGAUGGUCCUGCUCUACCUGAUUCCUUACCUUUACCUCCGCCGCCUCCAUUGCCACCUAAGCCUGUAGUAUCAAACUUGGGUUUACCAUUACCUCCACCACCUCCUGGACCUCCACCAAUGGAACAAGCAGGUCGCUCUCCCUUUUUGCUGCCUCCAUCUUUGCAGAAGUCUAGUAUGAUGCUCCCUGCUGGAACCAGUGAAGGUGAAAAGGAGAGAAGUCAGUCUACAAUUUUGGAUGACUCAACCUCCAAGGUGCCAGCUCGGGUACCUACUACUCUCCCGCCACCUCCUCCCCCACCUGGGAUGCCACCAAAACCAGCAAGUGAUCAGUCUGAAGGUGUAUCAGGUGAUGAGGAGACAAAUAAUUCUUCAGUGACUAAAGAUGUUUCUAAACUGGUUCCUCCACCUCCACCUCCAAGACCUCCUCCAGUACCUGGGCCUUCAUUGAUACCGACCUUGCAGCCUGAUGUAUUACCUCCUGGAAUAUCUCGAUUUCCCCCACCUCCACCUCCACCAGAUAUGCGGCCAGCAUUAUCCGCACCUGGAGUCCAACUCCCGCCUGGAAUGAUGGUCCCGUUAAUGGCAAGGCCACCAUUUGGGCCUCCCCUUGGACCUCCACCGAUGAUGAGACCACCUCUUCCUCCUGGCCCUCCUCCCAUUUUUCAUGAAGAUGACCAUAAUGCACAUAUGCCACCUGUCCCUCAAAAGCCCUCAUAUGUUAAAUCUGCAGCGUCUACUGUUGUUAAGCGUCCACUAGCUCAACACACUCCAGAACUUACAGCAAUGGUUCCUGCAUCAGUUAGAGUGAGAAGAGAGCUAGCAGCACCGAAAGCUAAACCGAAACCUUCUCCGCCAACUACAGCAGCACCGUCCCUGCCCACAGCUCCAAUUGUAGGGAAACCAGAGUUGGUCGGCUCGUCAUCAGCCCCAAAGAAACCGAGUAUUGAUGACUCAUAUAUGGCAUUUUUGGAGGACAUGAAAGCCCUUGGUGCUCUAGAUGGAUGAGUUCUUGAAUUGGUUUAUGUGGGAAAUUGUAGGCAGCAAGUGUAUAAUUGAAAAGGAGGAGAAACAAAUGGCUUGUACUUCUCAAGAACUGACCACAAUUUGGAGAUGAUCAGAUCAUUGCCUUCUAUCUUCAAGGUCUGCUUUGCUGCAUCAAAGGGUAGACAUAUUUACCUGCACUAGUGGCCCUGCUGCAUUUCUUGAUAGGGGCAUUUAACUUAGAGGCCUUAUAUUGUGUCAUGUAGACAUUUUUAUACUUUUGGAAAAUUGGAAAUUGUUCAUCAGAUUUCAUCUCUGAAUAGAUGCCAAGCUGAUCAUUAACUUUUACUUUCCAA